AUGAACAAGACGCUCCUGCUGGGCCUUCCCGUCCUUCUCUGCUGCUUCAGAGCACUAUCCUGGGGCUUUUUGAAAUUUGAGCAUGAAGAAAUCAUCCAGUGCCGCAUGUGUCACAUCCAGUUUCCCGGAGAGAAGUGCUCCCGAGGCCUAGGAAUAUGCACAGGGGACAAAGAAGAGUCCUGCAUCAUCGGAAAGGUUUUCAAGAAUGAUGGGACUCCCUGGAUGACCUUCAUGGGCUGUGAAAAGAACUGUGCUAAUGUGAACAACGUCAAAUGGAAUGUCUUUCUGGUUAAUAUCCGGUGCUGCCGGAGUCAUGACUUGUGCAAUGAAGAAAUCUAG